UCCAAGCUCCAGAAGAACGAUGCCUACUUCUCGCGGUACCAAGUCAAGUACAAGCGCCGCAGGCAGGGAAAGACCGACUACUACGCCCGUAAGCGGUUGAUCACCCAGGCCAAGAACAAGUACAAUGCGCCCAAGUACCGCCUCGUCGUCCGUUUCACCAACAAGGACAUCAUCUGCCAAGUCGUCCACUCCGAGAUUGGCGGUGACAAGCUCAAGGCUUACGGCAUCACUCACGGUCUUACCAACUGGUCCGCCGCCUACGCCACCGGUCUUCUCCUUGCCCGCCGUGUCCUCAAGAAGCUUGAGCUUGACGAGGACUUCGUUGGUGUAGAGGAGGCUGACGGUGAGUUCACCCUCACCGAGGCCGCCGAGGUUGACGGCGAGGAGCGCCGCCCAUUCAAGGUCUUCUUGGAUGUCGGUCUCACCCGCACCUCCACCGGUGCCCGUGUCUUCGGUGCCAUGAAGGGCUGCUCCGACGGCGGUGUCUUCGUCCCCCACUCCGAGAACCGCUUCCCCGGAUACGACAUGGAAGGCAAGGAGCUCGACGCCGAGACCCUCCGCAAGUACAUCUUCGGUGGUCACGUCGCUGAGUACAUGGAGACUCUCGCCGACGACGACGAGGAGCGCUACAAGUCUCAGUUCAGCGGCUACAUCGAUGACGACAUCGAGGCUGACGGUCUUGAGGAGCUGUACCAGGACGCACACAAGCAGAUCCGUGAGGACCCCUGGAAGAAGGAGGAGGGCGAGGCCCCCAAGAAGUCCAAGGACGAGUGGAAGGCCGAGUCGCAGAAGUACAGGAGCAAGAAGCUCACCAAGGCCGAGAAGGAGGAGCGCGUCAAGGCCAAGAUCGCCGAGAUCACUGCUUAA